UUCAUGGUCAACGCGCGGAGGCGGACGGGCUCAGUCUGCCGGAUGCAUGCGAGCGCGCGUGUUGGCGUCGCUUCUCACGAGAUGCGUGAAAACUGACUGGUUUCGCAUUCUCACAUACGCGGCCCAGUGCUCUGUUAUCCUCGCUCGUCGUUCCGUGUGCCGCGUACGGCGAUGUGGGCGACCCAGCGGCCUCUUUUGAUGCUCCAACGCACGAAGGCCAUGCCGAGUGCGAGUGUUGCGCUUCAACGCAGGCCGCUCCCAUAUUGUCGUCGAUUGCAAACCGAACGCAGAGCGACCGUUUCAUGCUUGUCGUCGCCGACGUUCCGGGCAGAGGCGGACGCGCACAGUCUGUCAGACGCAAUGCAGCGCAUCGCGUCUGUGAAACGAGAUGGGCGCAAACUCACUGGCUUCACAUUCGCGUAUCCAGCGCUAUCGCACACGGAGACGUGGGCAGUCUCGUCUUUCAGGGGGCCUAGCAGUCUCGACGGAGUCAACAGUGCGAGUAGUAGACGCGGCGUCGGGGGAAGUGAGCGCAGUGCAUCGGCGUAGAUGACGGCGUCGGCGAGUGCAGAGAUGCGAGGAUGGCCGACCGCGGUGGAGCAAGUGGCGGUUCUCAAGCGCCGCAAGUCUACCCUCGUCAGCUCCUCCGUCUCCUCCUCACGUCAAGUUGAAGCUCGGAUUGAGUCGGCGGGCCAGAGGGACCAGACGUCGGCGAGGAGCGCACGUUC